AUGUCUGGUCGCAGAAAAGGUAGUAACAGUUUGGGAAAGGGGGAUGCUAAGCGCCAUCGCAAGGUGCUCCAUGAUAACACUCAAGGUAUCAUGAAGCCAGCUAUUCGUCAUUUGGCAUGCCAUGGUGGUGUAAACCGUAUUUCCGGAUUGAUCUAUGAAGAAACCCGAGGAGUGCUGAAAGUAUUUUUAGAGAACAUCAUCCGUGAUGCUGUUACUUACACUGAACAUGCCAAGCAAAAGACUGUGAUUGCCAUGGACUUGGUCUAUGCUCUAAAAUGCCAGGGAAAUUCUCUGCAGAUUCGGGGGCUAAAUUUGCUUUCUGGAAAUAUGAGGUCCAUGUCCCUUAGCAUCUUCACGUCUUGCUCUCCAAUGGUAUCAGGCCUGAUGGAUUUAACCAGAACCCCUGAAAUCGUUGGGAUAUGGCAAAUCAGUGAUUAUUCCUGUCUUCGUGCAUAUCGUGCAUCCCAGCUGAUUAGCAGCCUUAAAAAGGCUCUUCCACAUUAA